ACUUUCACACUUUCACACCUUCACACCUUCACACCUUCACACCUUCACACCUUCAACUUUAAUCCAUUCGGUUCCUCAAAAACAAUUCUGUCUUGAAAUUCCUCAAGUGCUUCAUCACCUAGAAAAUCAAUCAAAGGAUAUUCAUUCGGUGCAAUACCAGGUAUGUACGACUUUCUUCACAACCAAGACAGCCAGCCAGCUAUCGAUCCACUCCAUAUCGACCCACAGACCCCAAAUUUCUAUAGCGAUUAUCCUAACAAAUCUCCAGAAUUCGACCUCAACAUCUUCACCAUCCCACCGUCACAAAUCCAUUCAAAAUGCCAUCCAACCCCAGUCCUCACGAAAUCGUCAUCUUAGGUGGAAACUUUGCAGGUGUUAAUGCUGUUCAUCAUUUGCUUCGUCAAACCUUACCUCAGCUUCAGCGCCUGGACCAAUCCAAGUCUUAUCAUAUCACACUCGUUACGCCAAAUACUUCUUUCUUCUUUAAAAUCGCAAGCCCCAGAGCUCUUAUCAAUUCGACAUUAAUCCCACAAGAGAAGAUUUUCAGACCUUUGUCAGAGGCUUUCUCCCAGUAUGAUGCUUCCCAAUUCGAAUUAAUCCAAGGAACUGCUUCAGCUUUGGACCCCGCAAAACGAUCUGUCACUGUAUCAAUUGACGAAACAGGCGAUACGCAACAAAUUCAUUAUGAUUCCCUCAUCAUUUCCACAGGCACAACCUCAAAGUCCCCAUUAUGGGGUCUUCAUGGAAAUGAAUCCAUAACGAAAAAAGCCCUGGAGUCCUUAAACACCACACUUCCAAAUGCAAAAACCGUCUUGAUCGCCGGUGGAGGACCAGUAGGUGUCGAAACAGCUGGAGAAAUAGCUUCAAAUUAUCCCAACUGUAAAGUAACACUACUUUCUGGAGCAAACAGGCUUCUGCCCAGGAUCAAAGAAGCAACAAGUGUACGAGCCCAAGAUUAUCUCGAAAAUAUGCGCGUAGAAGUCAUACACAAUGUACGCGUCGCAAGUACCAACCCGGCACAACCUGACGCCUCACCUGCUACCCUUGAACUUAGCGAUGGUAGCUCUCGUGAGGUCGAUAUAUAUAUCGACGCUACAGGAGGUAGCGCCAACAGUCAAUUUUUACCUAAAACUUGGCUCGAUGAAACAGGACGAGUGAUCACGCGCGAUGCAUACUUCCGCGUCAAAGGAGCCGGGUCGGAUGAUGUAAAGGGUAUAUAUGCAUUAGGAGACAUCGUAGCCGGUAGUUCCAAUCUAGCUAUGGAAGUCGACCCUAUGAUUACAACAUUGUCUUCUUCAUUAGCGGUAGAUAUUUCCGGAGAUCUCGAUAUCAAGAAACCCGCCGCUCCAGCUUCGGGAUACCUAGCCUCAUUGUUGAAAAUGUUCUUAGGUGGUUCGGAUGGUUAUCCUGUACAACAGGAAUUCAAACCAUUGAAAGAGACGAUUUUUGUACCAAUCGGAAGUGCAGGUGGCGUUGGACAGCUCAUGGGUUGGAGAGUACCUAGUUUGUUGGUGAAGAUAGGUAAAGGAAAAUCAUAUUUUGUUGAACUUAUUGGUCCAAUUAUGUCGGGAGAGAAAUGGAAGAAAGCAUAAUAGAGGGGGAGAAUACGGAUAGAUUUUAGAUCUAGGCGUGACUGACGUUAGGUGUAUGGUAGUUAAAGUGAUAGAUAUCCUUGGAGCUUUGUUUUUAAGUAUAGCGCGAAUGAAAUCUUUUUUUCUUAACAGAUCUUAAAG